AUGAGUGGAAUGCUGUCGCCUCAUGAGGCAGUGCGUCCCGCCUGGAGCGGGAGAGAGAAGAGUCAAGCCAUGAGGAGAUUGCUACUGUGUACAGGUGUUCUCGCUCUGGCGCUUGUGGUGUACACGUACAGCGGGGAUGGGGGUGAGAAGGCGGGGUCGACCUCCGAGAUAGACUACAAUGUUGUUCCUUUCUUUGCUGUCUCCAAGCCGAAGCACUCAGAUUACUCCACGUAUGUGAACCAGGUGUUCGUUGACGGGGGAGCGCCAGCAGCUAUCCUUCAACGGCAUCACUACGCCGUCAAGCUCAUCCCUCUCCCCGUCCAUUUCAACGACCAGGCACUGCGUGUGGCCCUGUGGGACAACUACGACACUCCAGCAGCGGUGUUGACAGGAGCGGUGGGGCUAGGGGGCAUGGGGAGGAAGGACUUCCUUGCGUGGGUGAGCUCGGGGAAGAACGUCGUCUUCCUAGGAGGAUACACGUCGCUGUCCACCAUGAACGAGCUGUUCGGUUUCGAGCUCGAAUACGUCCCAUACGUUCCUGGGCCCUGGUGGAAGAAUGAUCGCAACACUCCCGGGACUCCGUUCCAGUACGGGCCAUCGAGGCUCGAGGAGGGGUCGGGGAAUGCUGUGUACGGGGUCAAGAUCGAGAGUAUCCCGCUCACAGGAUAUUCCAUGUACGACACGUUCAGAGUGUCUGCUGUGUUCUACAUCAAGUACAACCUGGGCACCGUCUGCUACGUGGGAGCGGACUUCAGAUCCAUGUCGGCGUCGAACCCCUGGGGAGGCGUCUUGAGAGACGCUGUGAGAAUGUAG